AUGGAUCCGAUUUCGAUUUUACAAAGCAGAAUUGAGCAGUUGGAAGCUAAACUUGGUUUGGCAGCGAAUGCUCCAAUUGAUGGACAGCAAGGAGAUACUGCUACUGCGAACCUGCUCAAUACUGCGCAAGCUAUCAACAAUGCUACGGCCGGGCAUGAGAAACUAUCUGAGGCAAUGCCAAUGGCAUCUGAACUGAACAACUAUACUGACCCGAAUUUCGUUGAGAACAUGCAGCAGAAUGAAAUGCAUAUGCAUGAAGUGGCAGCUGCGGAGCCAGUCAUCAAGCAUCAUUGUCACUGCAUGCACCGCUGCAAACAGGCAGCAUCAGUACUUGAAUCGGAACCUAUUCAGCAUACAGCUCAGAUGCAAGAAGUAGUCAACAACAUGCAAGCUGCUGCCGCUGAAGUGAAGGUGGAGGCUGAUGCUGUAUCUCAAGGUGUGCAAGAAUUGGCUGAAACAUGUGGUGCUGCCGCUUCAGAUGCAUCUGAGCAAUUGGCUAAUGUUGCUCAAAAAGUAGAACAAACUGAGCAGAAGAUGUUCCCUCGAAGACGAAAUGGACUUGACUAA